CUGAUACAAUUCAAAACGCCAUCAGUAUGGUUGAAUCGUCGCAGUCGGCGGCAGAGCGCCGUGCUUUACGGCCCAGCCUACGUUCAGCGACAAUGAUUCAAGCGAGCACUGGCCAGCGCGUCAAGAAAAGCUUCACCCUCCGCAGAGCCCGCUCCGCCUCCCACGAAUCGGCCGACUUUCUCCUUGAUCCUGGACAAUCGGACCCAGACCGCUACCGAGAAAUGGGCAAGGUGGAGGCUUUUACGAAGGGCUGCAAGUCUCGAGCGCAAUCCGCCUACAAGUUUGCAAAAUCUCCAAUGGGCAUCAACAUUUUGAAAUGCUCGAUAGCAUACAUGCUAGGCAGUCUGGCAACGUUUGUGCCCGUUAUAUCGGGACUGCUAGGGAGAAAUGAUGGAAAACACAUGGUAGCGACAAUCACGGUUUAUUUCCACCCAGCACGCUCCGCGGGAAGCAUGAUUGAGGCUAUCAUAUUGGCAUUCGCAGCAUUCUUGUAUGCUGCUUUCAUCUCCUUUACGAGUAUGGCCGUGUCUGUCUUCUUCAACAGCCAGCACCACCUCAUUGUCGGUCAUGUCAUCGUGCUCGUUAUGUUUUGUGGUGGCGGAUUAGGCCUUGUCGGUUGGACAAAGCAGAGACUAGGAAACCCGCUGGUAAACGUUGCUUGCUCGUUGACUUCCCUAGCUCUCAUCACAGUCUUGACCAAGGAAGGCGCGGUGCAGGAAGCCCAUUUCUCGUAUAACAAGAUCUGGCAAGUCCUGAAGAUGAUCAUCAUGGGAACAAUGGCUACCUCCGCCGUCUCUCUCCUGAUCAAGCCGAGUUCUGCCCGGAAAGAAUUCCGUGAUACCUUCAUCAAGGCUUGCGAUUCUAUGGGGGAGAUGUUGACUGAUAUCACUCGGAGCUUUCUUUCUGGCUCUGAGGAGGACCUGAAGAACCCAGCUUUUGUCAAAGCUUCUAAUCAGAGCAAGGCUUUGUACAAAACACUUCUUAAAAAUCUCGGAGAAGCAAAAUAUGAGCAUUAUGCUUUUGGAACGGAGGAAGAACACAGGAUCUCAUCACAACUAGUCAAGUGUCUCGAGCAGCUCAUGCAGAGUAUCGGUGGAUUGCGCAGUGCGGCGGAGACACAGUUCACACUUCUCUCACAAACAGAUCCCCAGCAUGGAACAGCUGCGGAAAGAUCCGUUUUAAGCAGGUCCAGUUCGCGUGUGUUCUCCGACAGCGAGAUAUCCCCAGUCCUUUCUCCGGCCUUGAGCCAUUCGGAACGAAGAACAAGCGUGCUCGCUUCCAUUGAUGAGGUCCAAGAGACUUCUGCUGAAAAUUCAGAGGACGAGUCGAGUAGGCCCAAAAACGGCUCAUUCAAGAUCCCCGAACCAAUGCAAUCAAACUUCACACCUGCUGACAUGUUUUCUGUUUUCAUCGCGCAGUUGGGUCCUCCUAUGAAAUCGCUGGCCUACACACUGCGCGAAGUGCUUGAUGAGCUUCCAUAUGGCCCUGGGCCAGACUAUGAAAUGUCUAUCAACGAGCAUUUCCGCCACAGCUUGAUUGAUGCAAACAAGCUCUUUAUCAAUGCUAGGAAAGAAGCUCUCGCAUCCGUCUACGGGAAUAAGAUUCCUACCAAGACCGGCUCGGUUGCUGUUGCUGCUGAUUUCGAAGAGGUCGCAGCGUCCUGCGGCUAUUUCAGUUCAUCUCUUCAGGACUUCACGGAAGAUAUGGUCGUGUUUUUAGAUGUACUCGAUGAAUUGAAAGAUUGUGCCAAGCGCUGGCCGCGCCGACGUACUUGGAACUGGUUGAAGUUUUGGCGGAGAUGGUCAUGGCUCCGAAAAAUGACGCAUCAAGACGACAAGGCACAUGCGAGUCUACUUGAUGAUCGUGUAGAGCAUGGGAAUCGGGAGAUCCACCGACCCAUCUAUCGCAAGUCUACACGAGGCAAUCCAGACAAGUCAGUCCAUGAGCAACCACUGUCCUACCGAGUGUGGCUUAAACUCAGUGUUUUCCGUCGCGACGACAUCCGAUAUGCGGCCAAGGUCGGCAUUGGCGCUGUUCUCUACGCCAUGUGGUCCUUCAUCCCGGAAACUCGAGAAUUUUAUGGUCACUGGCGAGGCGAGUGGGGUCUUUUAUCGUAUAUGUUGGUCUGUUCAAUGACAAUCGGUGCUUCCAAUACUACCGGCUUCCAACGUUUCUUCGGCACAUGCUUGGGCGCUGUGUUUGCGAUCAUUGCAUGGAUCGCUGCCCAUGAGAAUCCAUUCGUGCUUGGACUGUUUGGCUGGAUAGUGUCAAUGGGGUGCUUUUACAUCAUUGUAGCCCAAGGGAAAGGUCCCAUGGGCCGAUUCAUCAUGCUGACAUAUAACCUGUCCGCUCUAUAUGCAUACUCGCUCUCCGUCCGCGAUGACGAUGACGAUGACGACGAAGGUGGCAUCUCGCCCGAGAUCUGGGAAAUCGUCAUCCACCGUGUGGUAGCAGUUAUGAUAGGCUGCUUGUGGGGCAUUGUCGUCACACGACUCAUAUGGCCCAUUUCAGCACGCAAAAAGGUCAAGAAAGGAACCUCCCUGCUUUGGCUUAAGAUGAGUUUGGUCAUGAAGCAAGGGCCGCUGAAGACACUUCUUGAGUCAGUCACCUCGGAAGACGGCUCAAAUCCAAGCUACAUGACGCUGCGUGAGGAAACCGAACUUCGCCGAUUCUUGAACAAUCUGGACGGCCUGCGUAACUCUGCGGCAUCGGAGUUUGAACUCAAGGGCCCGUUCCCCGACUCGAAUUUCAAGGUCAUACUAGAUGCAACGAGUCGCAUACUAGACAGCUUUCAUGCUAUGAAUGUCAUUAUUCUCAAAGACUUGAAGGCGAGUGAGGGCGAGAAAGAGAUCCUGAAGUACACGAAGAAAGAGUGGAUGGAUUUGAGUUGGCGGAUUAGUCAUCUGUUCUCCGUCAUGGCAUCCUCUAUGAAGUUAGAAUAUCCGCUCAACGACGUUUUACCCGACGUCGAACAUACGCGCGACCGGCUGCUGGCUAAGGUAUUUGAGUUCCGAAGGAGCGAACUAAGCAAGGUGGUGACUACCGAUGAGGAUUACGAGUUGCUGUACGCUUAUGCUCUGGUGACUGGACAGCUUGCGCAGAACCUCAAGGUAAUCGGGCAGGAAAUCGAGAAGCUGUACGGCGUGCUUAGUGACGAGGACCUGCGGUUGCAGUGA